CUGCCGUGGGGCCCGUCCGCGGGCGGCGCGGCGCCGGGGGAGCGGCCGUGCGCGGGCAGGAGCGGGCACUAUAAACAUCUGAUAAAAGGAGAAGAUAAAAAGACGAUAUGUAUCGAGGGGAAUAUUGCAAGUGGAAAAACAACAUGCCUGGACUAUUUUGCACGAUCUACUAGCAUUGAGGUUUUGACAGAACCAGUGUCUAAAUGGAGAAAUGUUCGUGGUCAUAAUAUUCUGGGCUUAAUGUACCAAGAUGCAUCAAGAUGGGGGAUAACAUUACAGACAUACAUACAGCUUACAAUGUUGGAACAGCAUACCAGACCAAUGAUUUCCUCUGUAAGAAUGAUGGAGAGAUCAAUUCACAGUGCAAAAUACAUUUUUGUAGAAAACUUGUAUCGAAGCGGAAGAAUGCCAGAAGUGGAUUACAUUGUCCUAACUGAGUGGUUUGAUUGGAUCAAGAACAACACUGAUGUGUCAGUUGAUUUGAUAGUUUAUCUGCAGACUUCUCCUGAAGUUUGUUAUGAGAGAUUAAAGAGAAGAUGCAGAGAAGAGGAGAAGAUCAUUCCUUUGGACUAUUUAGAAGCUAUUCAUCAGCUCUAUGAAGAGUGGCUCAUUAAACAGACACUUUUUAAAGUUUCCUGCCCAGUGCUUGUUAUUGGAGCUGACCACGACAUGCAGAAAAUGAUAGAAAAGUAUGAAGAAAACCGGGACCAAAUACUAAACCCAUAUAAUAUGCAACACUGUUUAUAGAAGUCUGUUGUUACUGUAUUUUAAAAAUCAUGUUUAUGAAGUCUGAUUUUAGGGUAAUUCUGAUUUGCAGUAUUUGCAGUACUUCCUAAUGUGACGGUUUAUGCUUUAGAAUUACGCUUUGUGAGAUACAGACUUUUGGUAUGAAAUGUCUAAAAAUAUUUCAUAAACAGAAUAUAAGCUAAUUCUUCCAUGUUUUUGAGCUCUCCAUCAACUUUACUGUGUCAAUUCUGUCUGGCUCAAUUAUGGUUAUUGCUUGAUUUCCAGCAUUGCUACUGCUUCCUGUAAAUAACCUAAGGAGUUUUUUUUUCCUUUUUUUCUAAUGACAAUUCUAUUUUUGUAAUUUCAAAGAAAUAGUUCCAUAUGAGAGGUGAGUUGUCCUCUUAUUAUUAGAAACACCAAGUGAAGUACAUUAAGUUUAAGCAACAUUGUUAAGUAAGUUUUGUUGUUUCAAGAUGGGGGUCUUACUCUAAUCCUGCUUACACUAGUGUAACUUCAUUGAAUUCAGUAAGUUUCUUCCACUUUACAUAAAAUCACAAUAAAGUUAUAGUCCUGCAGAUACCUGUGAACUAGCAUAGUCCCACUGAAUUCAGUGGUAAUAAAAAAAUAAUAUAAAUUUAAUAGGUGUUUGGAGAAUAGGUCUAAGGUUUUUUAGGCCAGAUUUUAAAAAGAGCUUAUUUCUUAGUAAUUUUCGUUGUAUCACUGACAGAGUUGAGGACUAGUGAAAAUACGGGGUGCACAGAAUUGUCUGUUACUUUCAGAUGGUGACGUAAAUAGUAGAACUAAUUGGCAAUAUAAAUACUAAAUUAAUUGCUCUCUUAACUAUUUUGGCUUCUUCUUAGAUGAUUUUUUUUUUUUUUUUUGUAGAGAACUAUUUUCUUGGAGAGCAGAGAAGUACAAUAGAGGAUUAAUUCCUGCUCUGAUGUUGGCAAAAUUGUUGAGUUGCUCUUAAUUUCUGCUUUAUCCUCUGGAGCGUAGUCUUCAAGUUCAUGCUUUUAAUGGAACAGUUCUGUGACUGUGUAUUAACUUUUUGUUUAAUUUGAGGACAAUGAUUCCUUAAGUAUUAUAUGUAAUUACUUUUUCAUAAAAGUUUUGUGUUUAAUUGGAACAAGCAAAGUUAACAGCGCUUUAAAACAUACUUAUGUUAAUGUAGCUGAGAGCUCUGUAGUGAAUAUUGCUAAAAAUAGAUAACAAAACUUUAAUUAGUGUUCUGAUCAGUUAGUAUCUAAGUGUCUGUAACUUAAUGGAGGGAUAGUAACUUCAGUUACUGCACUUUCCAUGCAUUUAUACUUAUGAACAGUAUCCAGUUGUAUCGUUCUUGGAGAUAUAUCACUUCACUCCUUUUAUUUUGUAAUUUUGUGGUAGUUGUAUAUGCCCCAAAUGGUUGUAAUUGAAAUGAUUGCACCUUUUUGCAAGUAAGGAAAUGCAGUCAUUUCUUUUUUGUAUCUGGUGGAAAUUCUUUUUCCGAUCAGUACAAUUAAAAAAUGAUCAGUGCACUGAGGGAGUGCUUCCUAGUGAAGUACUGAUAUACUAAAGCUUGCAAACCCAGUUUUGCCAUUGAAUGGCUGUAAAGCUUUAGAAAUCUAGCUUAAAAAAUAAGAUUUUACAUUUUAAAUAAUUAUCUUACUUAAUGAAGCUUGGUUUUGAUGGGAUAGUAGGCAUUCUGAAUCCUCCUUGCAACUAUUUUCUUUUUCUUCUAAAAGAGACCAAAAGAACUAUUUCCAAGGAAAUAGUUUGUAAGUUUGAGUCAUCUGCAUUUUGUUUCUAACUCCAAUUUGAUUGUGGAUUUUAGAAAUAAAUGACAUGUAUUUGCAAGGUAGCCCGACAGUCUAGAAAAGAGCACUUUAUUUGUUCUGUACAAAGAAUCUUUAACUUACUGUUCUCUUUUCUUUCUGCUUUUAAAGCAACAUAUUGAACAGAUCUUUUUCUGCCCCUCCCCCCAUAUUAUAUCAAAACAGCAGUUUGGAAGGAGGUUAUUGAUGGUCAUAAUUAUAAUAAAAGGAAUAUAAAUUAUUUAUAUAACUUAUUUCUUAAAGAUUACAAAUGUAAAGGCUACAAAGAAUAUGAUGGUUUUAGUUUUUAUUAUGUAUUAAUUUUCAUAUGUAGAUUUUCAGUAUACAGAAAUAUUGGGAUAUUUAAUGAGAACCGGGAGCAAAACAAAACAGGUUGCUUGGUAUGUGUUUUAAAUGUAUGGUAUUUGCAGUCUGUUAUAGUUGUGUAGAUAAAAAGUAUUAAACAACCACAAAUAACUGUU